GAACCGGUGAGGGUUGUAAGAUACACCUACUGUGCUAAUGUCAUUCGGCAGCGCGCAGCAUGUCUGACAGCAAGUGCAGGAAUGGUGCCCAUGGGUCAACCACGACGGACGCUGAGCUCUUCGACCGUCAGUUCGAGGAGCUGGUGUCCGAGCUGACGGAGCAAGACCUUACAGACCCCGUCCUCGCCGAUGCCCUCGGCAGACUGAGAGAGGUGUUAAGGUAUAAUGCUCCAGGUGGGAAGAGGAACCGUGGCCUGUCUGUGAUUGGCUCUUUGCGGGAACUCGUGACCCCCUCUGAACUGUCACCCGAUGCUGUGAGGCGUGCCCUGGUGGUUGGCUGGUGCAUUGAGCUGCUUCAAGCCUUCUUCCUGGUAGCAGAUGACAUCAUGGAUGCAUCUGUCACUCGGAGAGGUCAGCCCUGCUGGUACAAGAAGGAAGGAAUUGGCCUGGAUGCCAUUAAUGAUGCCUUCUUAUUGGAAGGGGCCAUCUACAGGCUUCUUCGAAGAUGUUGUAGGAAUCAACCGUACUACACAAACCUGCUGGAGCUUUUCACUGAGACAUCUUUUCAGACAGAAUUGGGUCAGGCUCUUGACCUCAUGACAGCACCUCCCAAUCAGAUCGAUUUGAACCGUUUCACCGAAGAGAGAUACAAAGCCAUAGUUAAGUACAAAACUGCCUUCUAUUCAUUCUACCUCCCUGUGGCUGCUGCAAUGUACAUGGCAGGCAUUGACAGUGAAGUGGAACACAACAAUGCCAAAAUCAUCCUGCUGGAGAUGGGAGAAUUCUUCCAAAUACAGGAUGAUUAUUUGGAUUGCUAUGGUGACCCAGCAGUGACGGGGAAGAUUGGCACAGACAUCCAGGACAAUAAAUGUAGUUGGCUGGUGGUCACUGCAUUGGGGCUCAUGACCUCUGUACAAAGAGAGGAGCUGCAGUCCUGCUAUGGACGCAAUGAUGAGGACAGUGUGGCACGCGUGAAAGCUCUUUAUAACACCCUGGAGAUGCCAUCUCACUAUCGGCAGCACGAAGAGGAGAGUUACCAGCGUUUGGUACAGCUCAUCGAGCGUCAUGCCCAGAACCUUCCUCAUGCUGUUUUUCUGAACUUUGCAAAGAAAAUAUACAAGAGAAACAAGUGAGAAUUAUGGAAAAAUUGUGACUGGCUGUAGAAAAGGAUAGAUGGAGAACAAAUGGAAUGUGUGGGAUCAUUCAAGGAAAACAACUAGUUUUCUUAAGAACGGAAAUGCCACAGUGAUCAGCCAUCCCAUUGGUCCUUACAUCAGUUCAAUAUGUAAUUUAGCUUAACAAAAUGUAUGCAAACAAUUUUUGCACCAUAUGUGAAAAAAUGAGGUCAGUGCUCUUAAUGAACGUAAAGCUUGAAUGUUGUUUAUCCAGUUAAGAUCCCACUCAUGUUUAUUUUAGUACUGGCGACCUCUGAAUGAUAUAAAUCUAGUGCAAUCAAAACUGCGUAGUGUAAUUAGCUUUUUGCAUGGAAAUGAAAAUAUACCUUUUGGUCUGUUUUCACAAUAAAAAUGACUUCAGGAGCUGGGUUUUAUAUUCGAGAGCUCGGUUUUAUUCAUUCAGAUGCUAUUAGCCAGAUGUUAUUAAUUGUCUAUUUAUGAAACUUUGACACUACUGUUGUAAGAUUUGGAUGGCAGUGAGAUGAACUUCUCAAUAUUUUAAAAAUGAUGGAUGUAA